AUGGAAGUUUUAUAUGCUGACGUUUUUCCUUCAAGUGGGCUAUUAGGGCUUGUCGUUUAUGGGACUGCAAUUAUCUCUGUUCCUCCUGAUGAGCCUGUGGACCCGAAUGGUUCAGUUGAUUGGGUUGGAGCUUACCUAGGAGUCGGUGGUCUUAUUUUGUUCAAUUUUGUGUGGAACCAAGCCCCCCUUGUUGGAUGGACCAGUCCCUAUGAGAUUACCCUUCUGGUACUGUCGAUCAUUCACUUCGGUGCUUUUUCCUACUGGGAAACGAAGAUGGCCAAGGAGCCGAUACUGCCGUUUAACAUAUGGAAAGCGCCUUCUUUCGGCUUCCUUAUGCUCACCAUAUUCUUCUCAUUCAUGAGUUUGGGUAUCUACUUUUGGUACAUGAAUGUGUACAUGAUUACCAUUCGCGGAGAUAGCCUCAUCAAGGUCGGGGUUCAGUAUCUUCCUCUGACAAUUGUGGGUUGUGCAAAUGCAUUUUUUGCAGCAUGGCUAGUCCCGCGAGUGCCAGCUCAAGUGAUUAUCAGCAUGGGUUGUCUGGCAAUGACCGCCAUCAAUAUUUUAUUGGCCACUAUUCCAGAACACCUAACAUAUUGGGCAAUGGCUUUCCCAGCCAUGUUUCUGUCUGCUUUUACAAUCGACUUGAUUGUCACAAGCGCUCAAAACAUUGCUAGCAACACAGUAUCGAUCAAGCAUCAGGGUGUUGCAGGGUCCUUGGUAGGAACGUUGCUCAGUUACGGGAUGAGCACCGGCCUUGGCUUUGCCGGCACCGUGGAGGUAAACACGUUUGACAAUGGGAAGGAUCUCCUCAAGGGUUAUCAUUGCGCUGCUUAUCUGGCUGUGGGCUUAGCUGUCGCUUCUCUAAUUAUGGCUAUGGUAUUCAUUCGCAUCCCUAAAGAUACACGGGAGGGCUGGAGUGAGGAAGAGGCAGAAUAA